CAACAAACAUGGAGGUGACUCCGGUUAGCUUCACGCCGGAGAGAUACUGGACGGAGGAGAAAGAGAGGGCGCUAAUAGCGUUUUUCUCCAAGCACAGCUGCCUGUGGAACCACAAGUCAGAGACCUACAAGAACCGCCAGCUGAGAUGGAAAACCCUGGAACAACUGAGGGUCCUCCUUUCCUCUCACUCUCCUCCUGUUCCUUUCACAGUGGAAGACAUUAAGAACAAGUUCAAGAAUCUUCGUACCACCUUUCAACGUCAGCACAAAAUGGUUAAAGAGAGCAAAGUUUGCAAUUCGGAUGAUGUGUUUGUGCCUCAGUGGAAGCACUACCAGCAGCUGACAUUCCUGCUGGGAAGCCUGGACCAGGACGAUGGUGCAGACGAGCUUCCCACGUCGCCACUGAUUGUCCCAAAAGAGGAGAACCAGCCUGUCCUCACCUCCCCUGAACUCAUCAUCUCGUUCCUCCCUACUCUAUCCACCUCCUCUACCUCCACCUCGUCCUCUUGCAUCCCCGCCAACGCCACGAUAAAAUCCUACUGGACUGAAGAGAGGGAGCGUGUGCUGAUAUCUUUCUACUCAGAUCACAGCUGUCUGUGGAAUAAGAAGUCAGAAAACCACAACAACCGUCAGCUUAGACAAAGACUUCUGGAAUCCCUGAGGAGCCAGCUCUCUGACCACUCCGUGUCUUUCUCUGUUGAAGACAUAAAGGGCAAGUUCAAGAACCUUCGGACCGUUUUUAACCGUGAAUACAAGGCAGUUCAGGCCAGUCGGGCCUCUGACAAACAUUAUAUGUCCAAAUGGAAACACUACCAGCAGCUGCUCUUCCUCUGCGAGUCCUGCGAAGAAGACGACUCUGCUGACGACCUGCAGAUACUGAUGGCACAAGAGGGCAGAGAUCUGGAACAUGGAAACCAAACUCCCUCCUCCAUCCUAAGUAGUUUCUCCUCCAGCUCCACCCAGGCCAGAAGCAUUAAACUCACCAACAGCUCCAGUCACAGCAAUAGCAACAACGCUGCAUACCAAAUUUUCCUCUCCACAGCUGCAGAUAAUGUGAAACCAACCAGCCAAACGGCUGCUCCCACAUUACCAUCCUCUCCAUCCAGAUCACUGCCUGACAGGAAGUCAUGUGGAAAUUCCUCGUUUUUAAACGUCUCUGCAUCCAGCUCAUUUCAGCCAGAAGGAAAAGUGAUGUCUGACUCCCGCUGCCUCUGGAGCGAAGCCAAAGUUCAGCAGCUCAUAUCGUUUUACUCUGAGCACAGCUGUUUGUGGAACCACAAGUCAGAGAAUUACAAGAACCGUCUGUUGAGACAGAGCCUGCUGCAGACGCUGAGUGGCCUCCUGUCUAACAACGAGCCCGUCCCGUUCACAGUGGAAGAUAUAAAGACGAAGUUCAGGAACUUGAGAACCAUCUUCCAGCGGGAACACAAAGCGGUAAGCUCCAACAAAACUUGCGGCUCAGAGGACUUCUACCUCCCAAAAUGGAAACACUACCAUGAGCUGAUGUUUCUCUGCGACUCCUGCGACGAGGAGGAGCAUCCUGAAAAGCUCCAUUUUCAUAACCAGCAGGAAUCGGGCCUCCUCCGCUUUGAUGACCAAAACCCUCCCUCCUCCUUGCACUACCGCACCUCCAACCAAACUGCCGUCAAUCCGACCGUCACCACACGGCGCCUGGAAGCCCCGCCUUCACCAACUCCUCCAGACUCCCAACACUCUUCCCCUUCCUCUUCCCCCUCCACAUCUUCCUCUUACACCAGCAGAGUAUCCGGCCGCAAACGGGUGAAUCAGCAGUUGACAGGCACUUCCGGUGAGUUGAUGAACUUGAUGAGGGCCGUUUGUCAAAACCAAACGGUGUCGCCACACACCGGCUUUCUGAAAUAUGUGGAGGAGUGUCUGAACGAGACGCCACCAGACAAAGUCAAGAAACUGAAGAAGAUGAUCAUUCAGACUAUUCAUAGUGUGGUGGAGGAAGUUUAGUUUGUCUGUAGUGAUUUUAUCGAUGCAUAUAUUCAAACAUUCCCAUCAGCUGUGAAAUCAUUCUCUCAUUCCAAGUUGCUGCGACACAUCGUCCUGUCAGUUAUCUCCAUUGCCUCAACUGCACCUGCUGAAGCCAUUGCACGUUAUUUAUCCAGCAUCUACAAUACCACAGAUGAAACAGCCGAACUUUUGGUUCCUUUGAUUAAUUCCUUCCUACAUGUAGGUUCUCUUGGGUCCUGCUGGUCACAUGUCCAUACUUGAAAUGAUGAAAACAAGUAUGUUAGGUAAACAGGUUUCUCUUGUAAGUGAGACUGUGUCCCAAUGGGACUACCUGUAUAAAUAAAAUAAAAAUAAAUAAAUAAAUAAAAAGUAUAGGCCCCAAAAAAAAAAAUCUACGAGUCUGGAUUAAUUUUUCAGUUCUUAAAAACAAAUCAGAAAAUACAAGUCAGCUUUACAAGUUUAAAAUGCAAGUCCAUGUCCAAUACAAUACAUGUAAAUAUUACAAGUCCAUCCAUCCAUUUUCUACCACGGGUCACGGGGGCAGCUGCCUAAACAGGGAAGCCCAGACUUCCCUCUCCUCAGCUUGUCCAGGGGGAUCCCAAGACGUUCCCAGGCCAGCCAAGAGAUGUAGUCUGUCCAAGGUCUCCUCCCACAGGGACGUGCCAGGAACACCUCACCAGGGAGGCAUCCUGAACCAAAUAAACUGGCUUCUCUCGAUGGGGAGGAGCAGCGACUCUACUCUGAGCCCCUUCCAGAUCACCGAGCUUCUCACCCUAUCUUUAAGGGAGAGCCCGGGCAC